GCGGGCGCCAAUGUUUGUAAACACUCGUGCUCACAAAUCGUGAGUCACAUUGUCUCUUUCCGGGAAGCGGGACAGAGGGACACUUAUCAUGCUUCCUGCGCCUUAUCAUUUGCAAAAAAUCAUAACAGAGAGGGGCAUGCUUUCACAUCGCAUGUUCUUCCUCCCAACAGCAAACUCAAGAUACUGAUAACUACCGGCAUCGUUACGUGCCACUUUUCAGAUAAAACAGGCUGCCACUGACAACAGGAGGAGCCGCAAAUCUCUCAAACAUGGCACAUCUCUGGAAUGUGGUUAUUGUGGUGAUUGUGGCAGCUAUUGUAGGUCGAGCUGAAGCUGCUGGAGGAUGCAAGAGCCGUAACUUUGGCCAUGGAAGUGUUGUGUGUGUUUGCGACUCUUCACACUGUGAUGAAUUAGCCCCAAUUAAGCCAGAUAAACCAGGGGAAGCGCUUAUCGUCACUUCAAGCAAGUCGGGUGCAAGAUGGAGUAUGCAGUACACCACAUUUUCAGACUUCAGCAAUGAGAUAACUCCAUCUGGUCCUGAUCUUGAACUUGAAAUUAACAGUAAUGAGUUUUACCAAGAAAUCAUCGGCUUUGGAGGUGCGUUCACUGAUGCUGCUGGUCUCAACAUCCUGUCUCUCCCAGACUCUUUGCAAGAUGAGGUCCUCAGGGCAUAUUACUCUGAUACAGGCCUUGAGUACUCUAUGGGGCGGGUUCCAAUUGGUGGAACAGAUUUCAGCACUCGUCCGUAUACUUAUGAUGACCUAAAGCCUGGGGAAACAGACCCCACUUUGGCAAAGUUUGCUUUAGCUCCAGAAGACCUGAACUAUAAGAUACCACUUAUUCAGAGGGCAGCAAAAAUCUCACAGAAACCAAUCAAACUAUUUGGCUCUGCCUGGGGAGCUCCAGCAUGGAUGAAAAACAAUGGCAAGAUUUGGGGUAAAGGGAAGUUGAAUACCAGUGCAUAUUCAACAUGGGCUAAUUACCAUGUCAAAUUUCUGGAGAGUUAUGCAAAACAUAACAUCAGUUUCUGGGGUCUGACUACUCAGAAUGAACCAACUGAUGGCCUUGUCAAGAAUUUCCAGUUCAAUGCUGUUGGUUGGUCCCCACAGGAUCAGGCAGAAUGGAUAGGAAAACAUCUUGGCCCAGCCCUGAAGAACCACAGUUUAUCCUCUGUCAAGAUCAUGAUAAUGGAUGACAACCGACUGCUGUUACCCAAGUGGGUAGAAGAUGUAAUGGCUAAUAAAGAGGCACAGUCCUAUGUCUCUGGUGUUGGCAUCCAUUGGUACUUAGAUUUCGUAACUCCAGCCUUGGCACUUGAUCUCACGCAUGAACGAUAUCCUGACUUGUUUAUGCUCUAUACAGAGGCUUGUACAGGUCAGUGGCCAUGGCAGCCACUUAAAGUUGUUUUAGGGUCAUGGGUGCGGGCAGAGGACUAUGCAUCAGACAUCAUUGAGAACCUCCAGCAUUGGGUAUCAGGCUGGACUGACUGGAACUUGGCUCUGGAUGUCAAGGGAGGGCCUAACUGGGCGAAAAAUAAUGUUGACUCACCCAUUAUUGUCAAUGCUCCACACAAGGAAUUCUACAAACAACCAAUGUAUUAUGCACUGGCUCAUUUCACAAAGGCUCUGCCAGAAGGUAGCCGUCGAAUCGACCUGAGAGCCACAAUGCUCACUGACUCUGUAUCCCUUCCUGUGUAUCGUGUAGCCUUUGCUCAGCCAGACAACACCAUAGUGCUUUUCAUUGUUAAUCGAUAUCACAGUGAAGUCCAAAUGAGGAUUAAAGACAAGAUGCUGGGACAGUUUGACAUGUAUGUGGAUGCACACACUAUCAUGACAAUUGCUUGGAAGAACUAGCCGUUCAUGGCACUUAAGACAUGUGUAUGCAUUUUUACUCAGUUUUAAUGAGGUUUUAAUAUAAAAUCAAAGUGAGCUAUCAUCCUGCUGGUGCUGAAAAUUAAACAUAGAUAAGUAAUUAACCUGCUGGAUCCGGGUGCCUCGUGGCAUGCAUGUGGCCCAAAAUCCAGGCUUACUUGAGUGGUGAGUCUCCUGAUUGUAACUUGUUGACUGAUCCAUGGUAUCAAGACUCCUUGCCUUCACUUUGUAAUAGCUUUAACUGUGUUACCAUAUUUUGAGGUCUAUAUUUGUCAUUUGUUAUGCUAUAUCAUGAUGAUGAUAGACUGUUUUGUUUUCAAUAAGCAGAUUCCAUAUUAUCUAUCCAGGUAGUUUACAUUCUGUGCAAUAACAGUAACAACAAGCAUUGCGUUAUUUUUAAAUAUUUUUGUAUUAUUAGAUUUUCCAUAUUGUACCCUAUACCACUGUAAUAGGCAAGAAUAGGUUCCUGCAUAUGGAUACAGUGUCCUCUCAGGAGACGGCCCUCUCCCAGGCAUAGUUGAUGGCAGGUGAAUUCUAUCCUCAUGGACUGCUGGAAAUCCUGCAGGAGCUCACAAACAAGACCCAUCCAGAAGACCUACUGACUAUAUUGCAUUCCAGUUGCUUUGUGUGCUCAUGAUGAGACUUCCCCUUCCACUGACAUGCAACAACAUAUUACCAUGAUGAGAUGUUCCUGUCACCUGCCCCAUGGCCUAAUUUUUUCCAUGACAAGACAUUCCAGUCAUGUGCCCCUUGCCCAAAUUUUUUCAUGAAGAGAUUUCCAUGUCACCCAGAUCCAGCAGGUUAAGUGACAAAUCUUUGUUGUGAUGUGUGAAAGAGUUAGCAAUAGCUUACAAUUUCGGAAUUAGUGUUGGAUGUGUAAUCAGUCUUUCAUGCAGAAGAAAGGUAUAUCAGUUUGCCUUCCCUUUCUUCACAUUAUCCUGUGAUAGGAAGAUUAGCAAUGUUCCUGUUUGUUCUUUUUUUUCUCCUUCAGCUUUGUAUUUUCCUUCCUAGCCCUUUUCCUCAUCAUAUCUUCUUAUCCUUUUUCUUUUCAUUUCUUUUUCUUCUUUCUCUUGUUUUUCACCUUCUUGUAAUCCUCCUCCUCCUUGUAUAAUCCU